AUGGGGCACCCGUUACACUCCAGUUUCACAUUCAGAAAUAGCCCUGAACUUGAGCCUAAAGGAAUCCAUGGUAUCGGAUCCGGGUGCAUAUGGGUUACUUCUUCAGCAUGUCAUCCAUCUGCCCACUUGCUUGGUUUUCUGGAUACUGGAACGAGAAGAUACUUUGUAGCUGGUGGCUUCUAUGUUGAGCGAGGUACGAAUAUGUCUUCACCGGAGUCCAUAUGUCCAUGCGGUCGCGCUUCCGCCGCGGUUGGAAUUGUGAAAUGUCAGAGCCACCGUGUAUAUCCCGGCAUGGCCCGUUUGAAUAUACGAGCCGUAUUGGGCCUUACAUACAAUUUUUAUCUCCUUUACUAUCCUCCAAGAAGUACCAUCAACUACACAACAAAUAUUAUUCAAGAAUACAAUCAAACCACCAUCUUCAUUCAGCCUUAUAAAAAUGAAAGCAGAAGCUGCAACUUGUUUGAGGGUCAGUGGAUUUUAGACGAGAGAGGUUCUUUGUAUACGAAUUUCAGCUGUACCACAAUUCCUUACAAAAGAAACUGUUUUCUUAAUGGAAGGGAGGAUAGAGAUUUUUUGCACUGGAGAUGGAAACCAGACCAAUGUGAACUUCCUCGUUUCAGCCCGAAAACUUUUCUUAGUACGGUUCGAGGGAAGACAAUGGCUUUCGUUGGUGAUUCAAUAGCCCGGAAUCAGAUGGAAUCCCUUUUGUGUCUCCUGUCUACGGUAGAAACUCCAAAAGAAGUAUACAAGGAUACUGAAAAUCAAUUCACGACAUGGGAAUUUUCGAAGCAUAACUUCACCCUGAUGGCCCUCUGGUCUCAGUUCCUAGUCACUGCAACUGAGAGAGUAGUAAACGGUUCAACCACUGGAGGCUUUGAUUUGCAACUCGACAAGGUUGAUCAAAAUUGGUCCGAGAAACUACAUCUCAUGGACUACGUAAUUUUCUCGGACGCCCACUGGUUCUUCAGGCAGAACUAUUUAUACGAGAGCGACAAUCUUAUAGGCUGCGUAUAUUGUCAAGCAACAAACGUGACAGAUCUUGGGCCAGAAGUUAUGGUGAUUAGACCAGAUGGGCACCCUGGAAUAUACUGGGGGAACCAAUGGAUGAAGGGUUACAGUGACUGCAUCCAUUGGUGCCUGCCUGGCCCCAUUGACACAUGGAAUGAACUUUUGUUGGAGAUGAUCCAGAGAUAA